AAACAAAGACAGGGCCUCUUAGAGUCCUUGAGGUUCGAACAAAUUGAUGCACGCCAGAUGACAAUCAAGACCGCCCAUGCCAAGACGUGCAAAUGGCUCUUGAAGAAUGUGCAGUAUCUCAACUGGCUUGACACGACCAAGCUUGGUGAACAUCACGGCUUCUUGUGGAUCAAAGGCAAGGCCGGUACGGGGAAGUCGACGCUGAUGAAGUUUGUGUGGGCUACUGCCCCCAAGACAAUGAAGGGGUGCAUUGUUCUCUCCUUCUUCUUUAAUGCACGUGGCGAAGACAUAGAGAGGUCUACAAUUGGGACAUACCGGUCGCUGCUACUGCAGCUCCUCGAACGUCUCCCAUCGCUCCAGAGCAUCUUUGACUCACUUGGCCUUUCAACAUCACUCUUCAGUUCCGACCACCAGUGGACCAUCGAACCUCUGAAAACGCUUCUCGAGCAGGCUAUACGGGGCCUGGGAAAAACUUCUGUUGUGUGCUUUAUCGAUGCGCUCGAUGAGUGUGAAGAAGAGCAGGUCCGGGACAUGGUCCAAUUCUUUGAACGCCUUGGUGAUUUAGCCGCCACAGACGCAAUUUGCUUCCACGUUUGCUUCUCGAGCAGGCACUAUCCACACAUCACGAUCCGUGAUGGACUGGAACUCAUCCUGGAAGGACAAGAAGGCCAUACCCAAGACAUCACCAACUACGUCGAGACAGAGUUGAAGAUCGGGAAGAGCAAGACCGCUCAGCAGAUCCGAGUUGAGCUUCAGGAGAAGGCAUCGGGGAUCUUCAUGUGGGUUGUUCUUGUCGUAGGUAUACUGAACAAAGAGUCGGACCGCGGCCAAAUCCUCACUCUCCGGCGGAAAUUGCAGGAGAUCCCUAGUGACUUGUACGAACUGUUUCGCGACAUCUUGACGCGCGACUCAAACAAUCAAGAUGAGCUAGUGCUUUGCAUCCAGUGGGUGCUCUAUGCGAGGCAGCCAUUGAGUCCAGAGCAGCUGUAUCAUGCCAUUUAUUCAGGCAUCGCUCCUGACAUGGUAUUAGAGUUGGACCCUAAAGAGAUCACCAAGGAUGAUAUUAAGCGGUUCAUACUUAACUCUUCUAAAGGUCUUGUCGAGGCUACUGUGUCUAAAGAGCAAAGGGUUCAGUUCAUACACGAGUCGGUGAGGGACUUCCUGCUUAAAGAGAACGGUCUCAGUAAGAUCUGGCCAGAGUACGGAAGCAACUUUGAAGGCCAGAGCCACGACCGACUGAAACAGUGCUGCCUCAACCACAUCAGCAUCGACAUUAUCACGCCCUUAAAGAUUCCUGAUAAUCUUCCGAAAGCUUCCUUGCAACAAUCAGCAGGCCUACGCAAGUCAGCGACGCAAACGUUCCCUUUCCUGGAGUAUGCUGUCCACAAUGUGCUGUAUCACGGGGACAAAGCAGAAGGCGGAGGCAUCUCUCAGACAGGCUUUCUUGACAUCUUCCCACUUCCUCGAUGGGUCAAGCUCGACAACCUGUUUGAGAAGCAUGAGGUGCGCAGGCACACAGAACGCGUUAGUCUUCUGUAUCUGCUGGCUGAGCUCAACAUGGCGAAUCUCAUCAGAGUCCUCGGUUCAGCCAGCCGCUGUAUGGACGUGGAGGCAGAGCGCUACGGCUGUCCUCUUUUCUCCGCGGUUGCAAUGAGCAGUGAGAAAUCACUUGAACUAUGUAUGGAUUUCAUUGAGGUGCAACGAGCUGACAGCAGCCCUGCUGCUGCAACGGAUAAACGACAGUCCCAGCAGAAGUCGGCUCAGCGUGCUGCAAGACGUGAUUUUGUGUAUUCGAAAGCAAAAGAUUUUCUUCUGAGUGCGGCGGAGCUUGGGCACGAUGGAGUUCUCGACCUUUUGGUAAAAUCUGCAAGAUUCAAAAUUGAUUCGAAAGAUUCAAGAGAUAGGACUGUGUUGUGGUGGGCUUCUAAGAACGGAUGUGAGAUGUCAGCGAGGUCGUUACUUGCUGCAGGUCCUGCCAUGGUCAACAGCAAGGAUAGAGACAACAAAACUCCGUUGUUUAUAGCAGCAGAGCAAGGGAAUCAAGCAGUGGUUGAAAUGCUGCUCGAAAGUGGCGCCGAUGCCAACGCACAGAGUGGAUACUACAGCAACGCACUCCACACGGCUUCAGCUGGAGGCCACAAAGAGGUCGCGAUGCUGCUGCUAGAC